UCACAUCCCUUCAGGAUGAAAGCCACAGUGCUGACCUUGGCAGUGCUCUUCCUCACAGGGAGCCAGGCUCGGCAUAUCUGGCAGCAAGAUGAACCCCAGUCUCCUUGGGAUCAGGUGAAGGAUAUAAUCACCGUGUAUGUGGACUCAAUCAAGGAAAAUGGCAGGGAACACCUGGCCCAGAUUGACGGCAGCGGUGUGGGGAAGCAGCUCAGCCUGAAUCUCGCCGACAGCUGGGACAGUUUGAGCAGCACCUUCACCAAGCUGCAUGAAAAAUUAGGCCCAGUCACCUUGGAGUUACUGGGGAACCUGGAAAAGGAAUCAGAGGGGCUGAGGCAGGAGAUAAACCAGGAUAUGGCGAAGCUGAAGGAGAAGUUGCAGCCCUACCUGGACACCUUCCAGCACCAGGUGCAGGAGGAGGUGAAUAACUACCGCCAGAAGGUGGCGCCGCUGAGCGCGGAGUACCGGGAGAAGGUGAGCCAGAAGCUGCAGGAGUGGCAGGAGAAGCUGAAGCCGCUGAACGAGAAGCUGCGUGACGGCCUGCGCAGUCACGUGGACACCCUGCGCAGCAGCUUGGCGCCCUACAGCGCCGACGUGCACAAGUAUGUGGCCGAGCGCCUCAAGGCCCUCAAGGAGAAGGGCCUGGGCGAGUACCCCGCCAAGGCCGUUGAACACCUGAAGACGUUCGGCGAGCAGGCCAAGCCCACACUGACCGAAAUCCGCGACAGCCUGCAGCCCUUGUCUGAGACCUUCAAGGCCUCCCUCUUGAACGUCCUGGAAGAGGCCCAGAAGUCACUGGACAGCGCGUGAGAGGCCGGACGUCCGCCCCUGCAGCUCCUCUAGGCCCGGAACCCCUGCAGGGGGGCGGGGGGUGGGCCGCCUUGG